UCGCCCCGGAGCCGGAAGGAUUUGAGGCGCUUCGGGCUUAUUUUGUAAAAGGGGGUGGCAUCGCCCUGGCGACACCGGAGCCGGCUCUUCCUGAAAGAAGGCGGCGCGAGGGCGGACCCGCCGGCGGGUCAGCGGUGCGGUGGAGGAGCUGGCGGCAGCGGCGGGAGGUGGCCGAGGGGGGCUUGGACUUCGGUUUCGGUGACUUCACCGCCCAGGGAGUGGAGCGGCAGGAGGAGGGCUGGGACGGGGACAGAGGGAGGGAGAACGGCGGCCGCCGGGGUGCAAGGGAGACCGAGGGAGGAGCGCGACUGCGGAGGCACUCAGAAUGGCUUCUCCAGCUCUACUCAUGCGCGUGGUCGCCUCUGCAUACUCUGUCGCGGAAAAAGCUGCAACAAUUGUUAGAAAUGUAAUGGCUGCAGGAGAUCUGGGGAUAGUGGAGAAGACCGGAGCCAAUGACCUGCAGACCAAAGCUGACCGACUGGUACAAAUGAGCAUUUGUGCUUCCCUGGCACGGAAGUUUCCCAAGGUGACAAUCAUAGGAGAAGAAGAACUGUCCGCUGAUGAGGUAACUGAGGAAUUAAUUGAAGAUGGCCACUGUGAAGAAAUACUGAAGAAAACUUGUCCUGCUCAGUAUGCAGGAAUUAAAGAGGAAGAGCUUGUAAUAUGGGUUGAUCCUUUGGAUGGAACCAAGGAGUACACUGAAGGUCUCCUUGACCACGUAACAGUUCUCAUUGGAAUUGCUUAUGGAGGCAAAGCAAUAGCAGGAGUUAUUAACCAGCCAUAUUACAACUAUGAGGCAGGAGCUGGUGCUGUGUUGGGUAGGACAAUCUGGGGAGUCCUGGGCAUAGGUGCCUUUGGAUUUCAGCUCACAGAAGCACCUGCUGGGAAACACAUCGUUGUUACCACUCGUUCUCACAGCAGUGCCCUGGUAAAUGACUGCAUCAGUGCCUUGAACCCAGACACUGUCAUCAGAGUUGGAGGGGCAGGAAACAAGAUCAUUCAGCUUAUAGAAGGCAAGGCAUCUGCUUAUGUAUUUGCCAGUCCUGGGUGCAAGAAAUGGGAUACAUGUGCACCUGAAGCUAUUCUACAUGCUGUGGGAGGCAAGAUAACUGAUAUCCAUGGAAAUUCAUUUCAGUAUAACAAGGAAGUGAAACACAUGAAUUCAGCUGGGGUCCUUGCCACUUUGAGAAAUUAUGACUAUUAUGCCAGUCGUAUUCCCAACAGCGUUAAACAAUCUCUUGUGCCUUAAAGCAGUAAAGCAUCUUCACUUGGCCUGGAAGGCUGAAAAAGUGAACUUGGAGAAGAAGAAAGAAAGAAGAUAACUGAGCUUGAAAUUUUGUUGUACAGAAUCUGAACUGAAUUCUUACAUUAAGGUGUUCAAUAAUUUAAAAAUUACAUACUGAAUCCCUAUGUAUAUGUUGGAUCAGAUUGUUUUGCUGUGUUUAGCAGACAACAUCAAAACAGUCAUAUUUCUUCAAUAGUUGUUUUCCAUGUUCUUCAGGAGUAUUCAUUCUUCAUGAUUGUGCUUAAUAUAUUGCUAACAGUCCAAAACUCUACAGUACAAUCCAAAAAUCAUCUUAAUAUUCAGGGCACAAAAUCAUAGUAAGUAGUUUACUGGAUCUUGCUCAAUGCUUUUUGUUGCAUGUAGUCAACAACGGUUUAUUGAGUAAAUACAAAUGGACUAAGAAUUUUUCUGGAUGGAUUAGCCUAUUUCCUAUAAAGUUGACAGUUUUGAUUCUUA